UAUAGAAUUUUAUAAUUUUUACUUUCAAAUUAACAUUUAUUAUACAUUAUGAAAUUCUGAUAACUUUAAAUUAUAUAAUUCAACCGUUAAAAUUUCAUUUUGUUAUUCAAACUCAUCAAUUGCACUUUAAUUGUAAAUUGCUACAUAUUUACUAUUCAAUAUGGAACAGAGCAUCGAUGAAAUAUUACACAAAAGUAUGGAUCUUCUACAAACAAAUCUGAAAACCAUACUUUCUAACAUAACAGGUGAUCACACAACAAUUAAAAAUGAGUUUUCCGCAUUGUGUGCAGAGUAUUGCAAGCAAGAUUCGUUGUUACAAGCUCAGAAAGAAGCCUUCAACAGAGCAGCCUCGUGUACUGAUAUAGAAAGUAUAAAAGAGGUUUACGAUACGUCAUAUAAUGAAGCCUUGAGUAAAGUUUCAACACCUGAAAAACAUGUUAAGUACAUUCAAUUCCAAGAAGUAUUGAAGACGUCUGCAAGUAGAAGCUUGGAUUUCACUCAAGAAAGUACAGCACUUGAUCCCUUCACUAAGAAACUAAUUGCAAAUCCAGUGAAAAAUAAAAAUUGUGGCCAUAUAUAUGACAGGGAUAGUGUAAUGGAGAUAUUAAAUAUUCAUUCAGAACUGAGAUGUCCUGUUGUCGGGUGCAGGGUCAAGACAAAAUUCAAUGUUAGAAAUUUAAUGGAAAGUUCAGUUUCUCAAGAGGAAGAAGUUAUGGAGCUUUGAAUUUUAUAUUUACC